AUGUCAGCAGAAACAGGACUACAACCGGAGAUGGCAAACGUCGACCGACCCAAUGAAGACCUGCCUGUCGCCGCUGAACAAAGUGAUGAUCUUUUUGGCGAAGAGCCCAAUGGAGAGUCCGUCGAUGGUCUCGUCAAGGAGCCUCUCGAUGAUGUCGUCGACGAUGCCGACGUGUUAAAAUCGGUGCCGGCUGCGACUGAUCUCUCGGCCAACGGUCCGCCCACUCCUGCCGACUCCCAAACUGUUGACGCUCCGCCAUCCGACGCUGCUCCUGUGACGGAACCAUCUUCUGGUAUCGAGGGCGUUGCCAAAUUCAUUCCAUCUGACGCGAACCUCAACCAGCCUGUUGUCUCACCGUCAGAGCCACUAGGUGACGGUGAAGCGCGCAUCACCGAGGACACUGAAAUUCCUGACGCUCCUUCACUUGCGACUGCAGUGGAGUCUGAAGUGACUGGAGAUUCAAAGCCUGCUAUCGUUGACGGUGUUGCUGCCACCAAUUCUGACCCAAACCCACUUCUCACCACAGAUCUUUCCAACGGUGUUGCUGACCAGUCAAAACCGGACGACACAAAGUCUGCAUCAGAGCAGACCUCUGCUCCAUCAGAUCUUCCUCUUGCUAACGGCUCCAUCACCGACUCGAGUGCGGCAGCCGCAACUGCACCUACCAUGGAUUCUCCCGCUGCUCAGGCGCCUGCUGCGCUUCCAGUAGACACAUCAGUGGACCAAGAAAUGUCAGAUGCGCCAUCAGCAGGAAUUGUGCGCGCACGAGAAGAUGAUGACGCAACCAGCGAGCCUUCCGCCAAGCGCACAAAGACCGGAGAUGAUGUCGACAGUGAAGCGCAAGCUGAAUUCGAAAACACUCCUCAGUCUGCACCUGUUACUACCAAUGGCGGAACCAACGGCAUUGCCGUCCCUGUCGUUCGCCCUCAAAACACACCUCAAAUCAGUUCCGGCCCUAUCACUAAGAGUCAGAAGGCCUUCCUGAUCGAAAAGAUGAAGAACACCAAGAAAGUCAAGUCUGCUUUCUGGUUCACCAAGCCUGUCGAUUACGUGGCACUUAACAUUCCCCAUUACCCGACAGUGAUCAAACAGCCUAUGGAUCUCACUACAAUCGAGCACAACCUCAAGACCGACCAAUACUCAUCGGUUGAUGAUCUCGUGUCUGAUUUCGAGCUCAUGGUCAGCAACUGCUUCACUUUCAACGGCAUUAACCAUGCCGCUUCUGUCUCGGCACAAAAUCUCCGAGCCUAUUUCAUGAAGCAAAUGCAAAUGUGCCCUACUGGUCAAGACGCACUCUCAAAGCCAAAGUCGCAUGUCGCUAAGAAGGCAUCGCCCAAGCCUGCUGCUGUGCCACGUCCAGAACCCGCAAGACCCGCUGCACCAGUCAAAUCCCCUGCUGGCGAGACCUUCGCUCUUUUGCCUGAUGGAACUCCGAUGAUCCGUAGAGACUCGACCGCUGGCAGGCCCAAGCGGGCAGUUGUCCCCCCAGCUCCACGCGAUCUACCCUAUUCAACAUCAAAGCCCAAGAGAAAGGAAGCUCAAACAGGUCUGAAGUUCUGCGAGCACAUUCUAGAUGAAUUCCGCAAGCCCAAGUACGACCGCUUCGCCGCUCCAUUCCGCAUUCCUGUCGAUCCCGUUGCGCUCAACAUCCCCCAGUAUUUCAGCGUUAUCAAGCACCCCAUGGACAUUUCUACCAUCACUCAGAAGCUCAAGGGAGGACAAUACGCAUCUGCGGAAGAGUUCAGAAAUGAUUUUGAGUUGAUGUUCACGAACUGCUUCAAGUUCAACCCUGCCGGAAACAUUGUGCACGACAUGGGUCGAGACUUCCAGGAGGCGUUCCACGGUGAAUGGUCUAAGAAGGACACCUGGAUCAAGAGACAUACGCCACAAUCUCAACGCGCUAGUCCCGUGUCCGAUGUAUCUGAUGGCGAUGACUCCGAUGAUGCCCCAGAAGAAGACGACGAACAUGACAAUAACGAGGCCACUAUCUCUCUGCUUAGAGAGCAACUUGCUGCUAUGCAGAACAUGGUUGCCUCGAUCUCUGGUGGCAAACGCGCAUCGCCCAAGGCUACCAGCAAUAAGAAGAAGAGCAAGAGCAGCAACACCGUCGCAAGCAAACCUAGCAAGAAGUCAGGCGGCAGCUCCAGCGUGUCUCGCCCUACUAUCAAGACAGGUUCCUCCAAGCCUAAGAAGCAACGUCUGGUCACGUAUGACGAGAAACAGGAGAUCAGCAACGCCACAGAGAACAUGAGUGCCGAGCAGGUCGAGAAAUUGACCAACAUCAUUACUGAAAACGUUGCCAAGUACAAGGAUAUGGCUGGCGACGAUGUUGAGCUCGAGAUCGAUGAUCUGCCCAAUGAAGUGCAGCACAAGCUGCUCCGAUACGUGCGCAGCAUCUUCCCUAGGCCUGAACCGGUCGAGAUGGAUGCCAACGCGAUCGAUGACGACUACGAACCCGAGAAGCCGUCAGCACGUUCGGGCGGUGCUGCAAAGAAGAAGCACAAGCCCAUGAAGAAGCAUGAGCAAGAAGACCGUAUCAGACAGCUCAAGGAACAGAUGGCCGCCAUGGGUGAAAACGCUGACGGCAGUGCAGCAGCAGCAUCAGCUCCUCAACGCGCCGAUUCCAGUGACGAUGAAGACAGUGAGAGCAGUGAAGAGGAGUAG